AUGUCUCCCGAGUUAAGGGCUAAGUUCAAGAUUAACAAGAUAUGUUUUUGGAACACUGAUGCACCCGGAUGGCAGCUCUUGGCGAAGGAAAUUGUGGAACAGGCAAUGUCCAUGGCUGGAUUUUUCAGCAUGACGUGGCAGGAUUCUCGAUUAGCAUGGGACACUAAUCCUACUUACAGCAGUGAUAUUCCAACAAUCUUUUCCAGUCAGAGUUAUACGUGGUUUCCAACUCUUGUUUUAGAGAAUUCAGUAAGUUCCAUUUCAAUUAUGAUGGACGCAGAUUCCUUAAACCUGAUUCGGAUUCUUAGUAAUGGAAAUUGCGUAUACAACCCAAUAGAUGUUUAUACCACACACUGCGAGUCGGAUACAACCUAUUACCCCUUUGAUACCCAGGAAUGUGACGUAGUAAUUGCAGCGUGGGGUUAUUCCGUAGCUGAAAUAGAAUUGUCAUGGGCAGAUAGUGGUUUAGAUAUGUCAUUUUACAACGAAAAUGGAGGAUGGGAAUAUAAGAGUUAUUCCAUCGAAACAGGAGUGAGUGUUCGAGGUGUAUCGUCGUUUCCUACUGCUACUCUAAGAAUGUUCUUCAAACGAAGACCACUUUUUCAGGUAGUUAACACUGUUUUGCCAUGUACGAUGAUCGCAUUUCUUAUGGUUCUGGCUUUUAAGUUACCACCGGAUAGCGGAGAGAGGAUGGGAUUUUCUCUAACGGUUCUAUUAGCAUAUGCCGUUUAUCUAACCAUUGUCUCUGCAAAUCUACCAACAACUUCACUCACUACAUCUGCAUUAUCUAUCUACCUAUUAACCACGUUGGCUGCUGGGACGUUAUCUGUUGCAUUUUCCAUCAUGGUUCUUCGUUGUCACCACAAAAACGAAGACGACCCGGUUUCACCAAAGUUUUUGAAUGCAUAUAACGGAAUUUUAGGAAAAUUUGCUGGAGUUAAAAAUAAGCGAUCAGAUAGUAAAGUUCGCGACCUUACAGUCUCCGUAGUAAACGAAGAGGAAGAAACCAAAAUUAAUUCGAAAUCGAACUCUAAGAGUGAAAGAGUACCAAUGUCAAAAACACCAGUUUCACCCUAUCCUGAACAGACUAAUGACGUCACUUGGCCUAUGAUAACAGUGUUUCUUGAUGAGUUAUUUUUUCGGGUAUUCCUUAUUUUUACGCUGUUGCAACAAUUUAUCUUUAUAUCUGUCUUUAUAAUUGGAUUUUUAAUACAUUAA